AUGCAUAUGGCUAAUGAUGAUAAAGAUGAAUUUAUCAGGACCAUUAUUGAUGGCAUAUCAUUUACUACUACUGAAAAUACAAGAAUACCGCAGCAAACACCAUCUUUGGCAGAGACGUUAUUUUUAGGGACUACUUUCUCAAAUUAG